AUGGCAACAGCACACCGAUUUCGAAAGUUAACAGAAGAAGAAUUUUUAAGUAGUAGCGGUUCGAACCCAAAAGAAGGUUGCUUCAGUCGCCUCUUAAAAGAAGUAAGAUAUCUAGAUGAUUGCCUGGAUGAUAUUCUUAGCGUUUUCCUUGACGCUGAAAGUAACGAUUACAAACACUGGGAAGCUAUGAUAAAAGGACCCGUGGAUACACCAUAUGAAAAUGGUGUAUUUGCACUCGAUAUACGCAUUCCAGUCAAAUAUCCAUUCGAGCCACCAGAAAUAAAAUUUAAAACAAAAAUAUAUCAUCCAAAUAUAAGCUCGAAAGGCGAAAUAUGUUUGGAUAUUCUUCAUACCCAAUGGCCUGCGUCACAUACUGUACAAAAAGCUGUACUAUGCAUUGUUUCUUUGUUAUCAGACCCAAAUACUGAUGAUUUUCUUGAGCCAGAGGCUGCCUUUUUAUACCAAAAAGAUCGCACAGAAUAUAAUAGAAAAGCAGAAGAAUGGACAAGAACAUACGCUGCGGCAGUUGGAGUUCCUCGUGAAGCACAACAAGAAGAUCUGAAUGGCGUGCAUCAUCCUACUGAUGCAAUAAUGGAGAUGAACAUAUCAUCAGAUCAAAUUGAACAAGAAGAAGUUGUUAGUAUGCAAUCUACUGAAGAACGUCGACCUGGUCGAUUCAGUGUUUUUGAACCAUUAAAGGCAAAGGCGUUUGAUAACGGGGAAUCGAAGAAUCAUGUUCCAAUUGUUGAAGAAUGUCUCAGACCCAGAAAAGAUCGCUUAGUUAGACACAGAUAUCAGAUGUCUUCCGAUCAUACUAUUACAGAAAGACUGGAUAUUAAUUCUGAACUUCAGUUACUGGCCGUAGAAUUAGGCGAAGUCGGAAACGAGCUUGAAAAACGGUCAGAAUCCAUGAUUUUAAUCGAAUCAUUGUUUAAACUCAUUGGUUUGUCUUCUGAUGAAGUAUGCCAAGGAUGCCUACGCAUCUAUUCAAUGGAAACAUUUCUCUAUUCAGAACUCAAUCAAUUUUUAUGCGAAGGUGAUCAUUCGAAAAUCGAAAUAUACGGACCAUUUGUUCGUCUGCUAUGUUUUUGUUUUGAGCAUCCUUCACUAGUCGAAGUUCAUAGUAUUACAGUUUACCGUGGAGCGAAUUUAUCAUUGACCAUGAUCAAUAUUUACAAAGAAGCUGCGAAAAAUAGUGUAUCAUAUCGAUGGUCUGGUUUUAGUUCAACAAGUAAAAGUCAAGAAUUUGCUGAAAAUUUCCAUACUAAUACAGUGUUCAUUAUGCAACUAAAAAAGAUCUAUUCAAGAGAAAAGAAAGCUAUUGAUAUUAGUCAUUACUCAGAAUUACCAGAAGAAGAAGAAAUAUUGUUAAGAACUGGUGUUGAAUUUACCGUCGAAAAUGUUAAUUAUGAUGAUGAGAAGAAAAAACAUUAUAUUAAUCUUAAUGUUUAUGUUUAA